UAACAAGCAUGGAUCCUCUAGGAAGGCUAAAUGCUGGUUGUUGGCUGCAUUUCUCAAACCUCAACACAUUAUUUUGAGUAUCACACGGAAUGUUAUAUGGGAAAAAUAUUUCACUUGAUCGAGAGUCUUAUGGCUUCAAAGUUUCAGAUAAUCAAAAUUAAUUUUAUAUUUAAGAGGUCAGUCUUUAUUGUUAAAAUUGCUCCAGAUUAGAACUGGAGGUUAAGACAAGCAUUUCCAGAAAUUUCUAAGCAGAUACUGUUUGCCUGAAUAAGCUAAAGUAUCUUAAUACCUGAAUAAGUGUAAGAAAUGGAGAUUUUAGGAUUGAAUACUAAAGUUUAAUAUCAAGAAGGAUAU